UCACAACCAAACCCGCACAACUAGAACUUCAAAGUCCAAACACCCCUUUUCCCAUUUUCCAUCAUCAAACAUCACAAAAAACCCAAAUCUAAAACCCUCCGAAAACCCUAAUUCAAACUGCGGAGUAGAGAGAAAACCUUGAACUUCAACAUCAAUGGCGCCAAAAGAUAAAUCCCAGAUAUCAACGAAGAGGAAACGAACUGAUAAAAACGAUGCAUCAGACACCUCCAAAUUAAAGAAAAAACCAAAACAAUUUACGAAAUCCCUUUCUGCAAAACUCGCGAAUAACAAAUCAGUAGUUGUUUCUAGAGAUGGACAGCAAUCGAAGAAAGAGCUUCGCCAGAUUGCUAAGGAGAGAGCAGAAGCGAGGAAGAAGAAGAGGAAGCGACAUUUUACGCUUGAGCAAGAGCUUGCACUAUUAUGGGAGAAGAUGAGGCGUCGUAAUAUAUCCAAAGAAGAGCGAUCAAAGUUUGUAUCUGAAGCAUUGCAGAAAAUGAAGGGUAAAAUUCCUGAAAUUGCCGGUUCCCAUAUAUCAUCACGUGUAUUGCAGACAUGUGUUAAAUAUUGCUCAGAUGCUGAGAGAGAUGUAGUUUACGAGGAGCUGAGACCGCACAUACUCACUCUAUCCUCAAGCACCUAUGCAGUCCAUUUAGUGACCAAAAUGUUUGACAAUGCUUCCAAAUCUCAGCUGCCACGUUUGAUUGCACUACUUCAUGGGCACGUUGCUUCCCUUUUGAGACAUAGUGUUGGUUCUAUUGUUGUCGAACAUGCAUAUCAAAUGGGAAAUGCAUCUCAGAAACGUGAGCUUUUGAUGGAACUGUAUUCGACUGAGCUCCAGUUGUUUAAGGAUUUGGCAAAUGUGAAAGAGAACAGGAUAGUCGACAUAAUGGCUAAACUAGGCCUGAAAAAGUCAUCUGUUAUGCGUCAUAUGACUUCUGCGCUUCAACCAAUCUUGGAGAAAGGAAUAGUUGAUCACUCUAUCACUCACAAGGCCUUGAUUGAGUACCUAAGCAUUGCUGAUAAGUUAUCAGCAGAAGAGGCUAUAAAACAAUUGUCUGGAUCACUGCUCGUUCGGAUGAUUCACACAAAGGAAGGAUCGAGAAUAGGGAUUCUCUGUGUCAAGCAUGGUAGUGCUAAGGAAAGAAAGAAGCUUGUUAAGGGAAUGAAGGGGCAUGCUGGCAAGAUUGCCCGUGAUCAAUGUGGAAGCCUGGUGCUGGUUUCAGUUCUAUCAACUGUUGAUGACACAAAACUUGUUACGAAGGUUAUUGUACGUGAGCUACAACCAAUCCUAAACGAGCUUGUCUUGGAUAAGAGUGGGAGGCGUCCACUUUUGCAACUAAUGCAUCCAAAUUGUCAGAGCUAUAUUAGUCCUGAUGAUUUGACUUCUUUGAGUGCUUCAAUUCCUUCUCUCUCCUUAAAGGCUGAAGAAGAAGCAAACAGUGAGGGUAAACUAGCUGCAUCUACAGAUAAGGGUAAAGGCAAUAAGAAGGAAGCUGAGCAUGACAGUGAAUUACCUGCUAGUGAUGCUGAUGAAAUCAUGGAACCUGGGGAAGAUGUCCACUUGGUUGAGGGAGGUAAAAAGGAUCCUUUUGUCAGGAGGCAGGAGUUGCUAGUCAAAAGCGGGCUUGCUGAGAGUCUCGUUGAUGUCUGCAUUGAGAGUGCGGAGGAAUUACUCAAAUCAAAUUUUGGAAAAGAUGUCCUGUAUGAGGUUGCUACUGGGGGUGUUGACGGAAUUCUUCGUCCAAGUUUGGAUGAGAAAUUGACAAUCCUAUAUGAUAAAGUGGCAACUCUUGCAGCUCAACCUAAAUCAGAUGAAUCAGAACAUGUUCUUGAGAACUUCUAUUCCAGCCGAACCAUCAGAAAACUCGUGUUGGACUGCCCAAUCUUUGCUUCAAUUCUAUGGGAAAGAGCACUAAAAGGGAAUUAUAAGAUGUGGGCCAAAGAUCAUAGUGCUAAGGUAGUUGUAGCUUUCGUCGAGUCAUCAGAUUCGAAGGUCCGAGAUUUGGCAACCAAAGAGUUGCAGCCUCUAAUAAAGAGCGGUGUUCUCCAAAUUUCUAAGACUAAACCAUCAGAGAAAUAAAUUAUCCCCAAAAAGAAGAAAAAAGUUUCUGCUAUCCAGAAUAUUAGCACCAAAAAAGCAGCUUUCUGGAGUAUACGAAGUUGUUUACCAGUGGCAGAAGAUUUUCUCCAGCUGAUCUUAUUUUGUCACACAACAUAUUGAUAUAGAAUCUGAAAUUUUGGUCUAUAGAACAAAUUUAGUGUAUUUUGAUACAAUACAAAGUUGUUCACAGUUUUUUUAUCAUUAUUAUUUUUAUAUGUUUCUUUUGGAAUUUGCCUGUCAUUCAGGUAUCAUGUAGUUCUAGAUUUUGUAAUUGUAUCUCUGAGUCCUAUUUAGUAAUAAUAGUACUAAUUAAGUUCUUA